AUGGUAAGGACUGUUUGCAUCCUCUCAAAGUCUCGAGAAGAUUCCGGGGCUGCCGCGUUGGCAGCUCACAAAUACAGGAGCGCAGCUGCCUUCACGGACCGCAUGGACCUCCUGGUGGCCGACAAAGCUUCCGGAUUAGUGAAGGAUGUUGAGAUGCUCCGGGCUGUGGAGCAGUUCCUUACCGAUGCCCACGACCAGAUUUUUCCCGGUGUCGCGGAAACAGUGCAGGAUGAGAAUCGGAAACGGACCGAGUACGCAGCUGCAGAAAUGGCGGAUGCUCUGUUGAAGAAUCUGUUCCAAGUCCCUAACGAUGAUUUUGACGGCAUCCUCGUUGAGUUUAUCGAUGCUAUCGGCAUCGUCCCGAAGCCUGUGCUUAUUCAGGCCGGAGUCGAAAAGUACUGGGCCUAUCUGUGCCAUCAACAACUGUUGACCGAGUGCUCCUCUAGGAGAAGUUCCUCCCGAAGCGAACGAACUCGAGAGUGGAGUCCGAAAUUCGCCCCCCCCUUGCCUGAACCCGCAGAUGACCUCUCUGGCAACCGGUCACCUGUGCGAUUGGGUAACUCACCGCCACUGCCUUCCAAGCCGCCAGCCCAAACCGCACCUCGUUCCGCUUCCCGCGAGCAAACCUGGCAUUCUUCCGCGGGCGGCAUUGUAUCCUUCGCUUCCCCUUCGGCUUCGGGAUCUGGGGUUGAGUCAGUUAGAACACGUUUAACUGUCGGGCCUUCUUCGUCGAUGCCUGCGACGGCGGAAGGAGUGGAUACUCACUCGGAUCGCCAGGCAGACGCACCGACGGUUCCAAGGAAAAAUGAGCAGUACGACGAAUCCUCUCCCACGGCUGACGUACCGCCAGCUCGGCGACGGCGAGGACCUCCUUACAUGGACUCUCCGCUUUCACGAGACUCCAAUACGCCUCCAUAUCCUCUCUUCUAUCCUGCACUGUUGCCGCCGCACGGGCAGCCGUAUGACCGCGGGCCGUGGCCUCCAGAUCCUCGCGCGCCUCGAGGUCCGCCUUCUGGAGGGCGAGCAGAACGCGGUGUUUCCUCGCCUCCUUCAGAGAAAAAUCAAAACGCCAAUGGCUCUAAUGGACAACGGGAGGACGCACCACAAACUGAAGGGCCGCCACAGUACCCGUAUUCUCCGCGUCCUGGAAACUGGGACUGGCAUCCGCCCCCCGCCGGUUUCGGGCCGCCUCCUGCUCCGUACUACGAUCCAGUCUAUGAUUAUUAUCCCUUCCCUCCGCGUGGCACAACUCGCAGUGCUUACGGCGAGCCUACAAACACCACACAGCCCACACAACCGGCGCCUCUGACGGAUGGCAGGGGACACCAGGCCCCGUCCCACGGGGUUCGGGCGCCUGUCUGGCCGCCGACGCGCGGCGGAGCCGAAAGCCUUCGGAGGCCUCGAGGGCCUUCUGUCGCCCCAGCUCGAGACGGACGAGGGACCUGGCCGCAGCCGGAUCUGUCUCCUUACCGCUCCGGAGCCGCAAAUCCUCCUGUCUCGUUAGCGCCCGUUCCACAAGAGCCCCCGCCGUCGCCUGGCGUGAAAAACGCGGCAGCGGAUGCUUCACCUUCCAAGCCUGCGGCGCGUGAUUCGCCGGCAGCGCCUCCCGGCAGCUUGCCAGGCUUGCUGCCUUCCCCUUUUUUUCCGACUGACCCCGUGGGGGGUUACGCCCCGCCCGCAAGCAGCGCCGAGGACGGCCGGCGGGAGACCGAGAGGAAUUCGAUGUCUUCUGGAAGGCGCUUCGAGAGGGGCGGGGCGAGUGAAGGCCUUCUCCCGCCUCUUUCCAGCGAAAAAGCAGAGUCGGCAGCCGACGAGUCUUUGGAGCCGGCCCGCGGGUAUUUUGGCGUCUUGCCAGCAGCGGCCGGCGACGAGAGCCUCGAGCGCCCCGUUCCGGAAACCGACUGGCUGCCAAUCUGGGUUCCAAGACGUCGUCCCCACGUAACAACGACGACGACGCUGGCACCUGUCGAUGAUAUCCACACCACACGCCCCGUUCGAUUCACUCGACCGCCAGAGUAUCUCCCCCCCGAGCGACGCCCCAUGGGAGUCUUUCGAGAAGGACCGCGUCCCGGCGACGCGUCGCUGGGCAGCGAGCGCGUGGCAGAGACGCCCCUGCCGGUUCCAGGUGUCUACCGUGGUCCAGGGUCUAGGAGCGCUCGGCCUGACGAGUCAAACGUCGCACAACUUGCCGACAGCCACGCCCAGCCUGUCCCUGCGCCUGGCAGGACGGGGUCGGAAGGCCCAGCCGAUCCGCUCACGCAGCCAUCUGCAACGGCAACGGCAACGGCAACGCGCGCCCCGCCACGGUAUACACGUCCACCAGGCUAUCAGCCGCCAAAUGCUCAACCUCCGGGGCCCGCGGAUCCUGCGCCGCCCUCGCCUCCGGCGCCGCCGCCCUACCCUGGUCCUCCAGGUGGUCAGCCUUACCCGCCCUACUACCCUCCAGGCGCGCCUCCGUAUUAUCCGCCAGGCUACCCAGAGCCUCUGCCUCCCCCCCCGUUCCCACCGAUCCCGGGAUACGCCUCCCCUCCUGACUCUCCUCAACAGCGCACGACGACGACAACGCGACGACCGGUAGCGUUUACGCGGCCACUGACGUACGCGCCUCGCGAACUGCCACCAACAACAGAACGCGAGCCGAUUCCGUCCCCCCCGCCCCCAACGCCGGCCUACUAUCCUCCGCCUGGCCCGCCCUACUAUCCGGCGCCUUUUUCCCGACAGGCGCCUCCCGAAGAGGAAGUCGAGCCUCCGAGAGAUUCGCAGCCUCCAGGGUAUCCGCCGGGGGAUCUUCUGUCGCCCACGCCGCCGCAGCCUCGUCUUCCACGCCCGCCACCCUACUACAGCGUUUCACGGCCUGUGGAUCCAGACUCUGCGGAACCUCGCGGGGGCGCCCCGCUCUCUCUCCCUGAGCGGUCGGAAGCGGAGCGGAGACGCCCACCGGUUUCGGCGCACCUGCGUGAAGGACGGGCUGACGGAUACCCUCGAGACUCUCUGGACGUCGGAGAGGAGAUGCAGGUAAGGGAGGCGCGACAGGCGCAGUAUGCAUCCCCCGGCCAGGAGGACCGGCGAAACAGCCCAGAUGAGUCCCCGCCUCCCAAUCGGCUUUUUGAUUCCCCACCCACUGUUGAAUUCGAAGAGACAAGACCAAGAGGAGGGAUCAGCCGAAGGCCCGUCGAAGCCGCGCCCACAAACAUGUCCAUCCCGCUCGACCUGUACGAUGCAGACGAUCCUCGACCCGAGUUCGGGUCUUCGAAGAACGCGCAGCGCUCGCCUCGCCCCGGCCCUUCACGAGACAGAGACUGGGAGGCGCCGAUUUUCGGGCCUCCACCGAAAAAAGGUUACGGCUCGGAGAGGGAGUACCUCGCGUACGCCGCUUUGGGGACCCGCAGAUCGACUGUCGAGGUGCCCAGAAGCGGCGGUCUCCUUCCUGGCGGCGACGCGGACAGCUUCUCGACGGACUGUCCAGAAUGCGCAUCGGAGGCUUCCUUCGAAGACUCGGAGCGCUCUGACUGGGAUUCCGAGUACGCAUCAAGUGAAGAACUCGGCGUUUUCGACAGAGGCUCGUCGGUCCUGGCAGACCCCCUUGCCCUUGGAGGCCGAACCUUUCAAGCUAAUCCGCCCCUGGGCCCCGCGCCUCGGCCAGCACAGCCACGCGGGGCGUCGCCGCCUGGAGAACCUUUUCCAUUCGGUCCAUCUCGGUCACCUGCCUUUGCUCGGACGCGUCCCGCACCUCCUGACGAAUCGGCGCUGCUGCCUCAAAGACCCGAGAGAAGUUCGCCUGCAGCGUUGGAGACCCGCGCGCCUCUCGGCGUUCUGACAGUGACCCGGGCGUUCGAGAGUCGAGAAGGACCGCCCCUUCGCGCCGCGCCGAUUUCGACGCAGACGGAGCCUCUGGGACGUCGCGCGGAAGGGAGUGAACUGUACGAGCAGUCGGUGGGGAAAGGGGUUCUCGGCGAGACAGCCGAGAGACAGUGGAUAGACUUGGAAGAGCGUGUGGAGAGGCGGGAAGCAGGGUCGGUCGCGUGGCCGCCUCCCGCGGGUUUCUGGGCUGAACCGCGCUCGUCACUUCUCCCCGAGAAACAAGGAAACGGGAUUCGCGACGAACCAGAACGCGUGCCUGCCCUCGUGAAAGGAGAACGGCGACCAGUCUCUCGGCCCUCGCCGCCUCGUCCUGCCUGGCCGGCGCCGGCGGCUCCAGCACUUCCGCCGCCUCGUCCCCCAGGCCUCUAUGCGUCGAACAGUCCACAGCGGUUCCCGCCCGAGUCGCCCUGGACGGUGACCGACGGGGUCUCCGCAGUCUCGGAGGGGAAACGAAUAGGAGCCGUGGCAGAGAGAGUCGAUCCGCCGAGCUGGGCUUCUCUCCCCGCCGCCCAGAAACCUGCUCGGCCUCUCCCCGCGGCGCCGAACGCCGCGCCUCUCGCAGAGUCAGAAAUGGAGAGCUCGGCGCCACUGCCGACAGCCCCAAGGCUCACUGGCCCGCCCCCGCGUGCUGCGAGUUCGGGCUCCAAAGCGGUCCCGGAGGAACUCGCCACCGGCAGUCGCGUGCUUCCCGCCGAACUCGUGCGCUCCUCUUGGCGCGAGGUCCGCUGGGACGGGAAGGCACCUAAGGGAGACAGAUCGGCUCUGCCGUCGCAAAAUGCGCGUGUGGCUGCGACAAAGAUCUACGCAAACAGGUUGGAAGCCCCUGGACGGUCAGCCGGCAGGAAAAACGACAAGCCUUUGCUCGCGCGGCCGCCUCCCUCGAGGGGAGUGAGGCGACCGGGCGACCCCGGCCUGCUGGAAACUUCCAAGGCUUCACCUUUUCCUCUCGAAGGCGAGUUGGUGGACGUUGGCUUGCCGUUUUCUCGCCGUCUGCCUCCGCCGCCGGAGCCGACUCUGCUCUCAAAAAGCUCAGGCGGUCCUGUUCCAACCGUAACGCCGAGUGGACCGAGCGCGCUAGCGCUCUCUGGGAAAGGAGAGACGCUUCAAGACGCUCUCGCCGCUCCUCUCCGUCUUCCUUCCCCGCCGCUUCUCGGCGGAGACAAUGCCCCGUACACUCGCACGCAGAUGGUCACUCAAGUUCGAUCUCCGAAACGCGUCCAAGUCGAGUACGGGCCGAGGGACAAGACGCCCGGGUCGCUAACCCCCCAGCGCGUUGAGACUGUCCUCGUGGGAGGGCCUCAGAUGAGAAAAAAGUACCCGCGCUGGCAAUGA